UCUUUAUAGCUAUACGCCCAGGCCUAUUUUCACUUAGUCAGAAUAUACAGUGUACGCUCCCAGCAACCAAACACUGUCUAACGUGUCAUUGGGGGAGCUUGUGCUGUAUAUAUACAUACACACACUCAGUGGGGGUGGCUGGCUGGCUGCAGAGCAGAUAGAGAGAGACCUAGCUUUCCCUCUCCAAAUGGCUGAUUAGUUCUUGACCUGAAGAGUGAAAGGGGUUGGGGUUUGGUAGAUGGUGAUGGUUGCUGUGCACGGUGCUGGUUUCGCUGGAGCAUAGCGUGACUUCAGAAGACACCAUUUCUUUAUUCUUGGAUCAUUUGGAGGUUCUUGCCUGAUUUUGGCUUCUUCUCUCCUGCUUCUGAGUUCUGAACUCUGAGCACCAACGAAUCUCUUCUGUUCUUGAUUGGUUCUCGAGUUGCGCUGAGGAAUGGAGGUGGAGGCACUGGAGAAGGGGCACAGAGCUUUUGCCAAGGCAGUGAAGCUUCUCAGUUCUUCAGAACGGCUCAAGCGAUCCAAGAGUUAUUUUGAGGAUAUAUAUGCUAAAGAUGCUUUGCGCUCUUCAGACAAAACAUUUGUUCUACCUAAGACGGAUGAUGUAAAAGCUAAGAUGAAAAGUGAUAUCAAAUUAGAAGUGCAACCUGGGAGGGGAGCACAAAGCACCUUGAGAAAAGAGAUUCUGCAACUAGAGAAGCACCUCAAGGAUCAGCAGGUUGUGCGUGGCGCCCUGGAAAAAGCCUUGGGGCCUGACGCUGCUCCAGUUAAUCCGUCACCUGAGAAUCCAAUGCCAAAGGCCGCAAAUGAACUGAUACGGGAGAUUGCCGCAUUGGAGCUAGAGGUCAAGAACAUGGAGCAGUAUCUCCUUAUGCUGUACCGGAAAGCGUUUGAGCAGCAAGCACCAGCAUUUUCGCCUCCUGAUCGCCGGGAAGCAUCAAAUCCGUCUGUGAGCUCGCGGUCUGGGCAGCUCAGUGAAUCGGCCAUGGCUAAGAAGCCUUGCAGGAGUAGAGAGGAUGCAGCACUCAGGUCCAGCUACCCGCCGCCCCAUAAGAAGUGGAAUGAUCCGUUGACAGAUUGCUGUACAUCUGCUUGCGCUGAUAGAGCCGUUGAUUCUGAUGUCCUCCGCUGCCAGUCUGCGCUGUCGUACCGCGGAGUUUGUUCAUCCAAGAUAUUGCCUUCAGAGGAUGAUAGUCUUGCGAGGGCUCUUCGCUCGUGCCAUUCACAACCUCUUUCAUUCCUAGAGGAAGGAGAGACUUGUGCAUCAGGAAUGAUAAGCUUGGCGGGGUAUCUGGGGACUAAUGUAGCUGACCACAUCCCCGAAACUCCGAAUAACUUGUCAGAGGAGAUGGUGAGAUGCAUGGCCGGGAUAUACUGCAAACUUGCAGAUCCUCCCUUGGUUCACCACGGCUCCUCUUCUUCGCCGACGUCGUCAUUCUCCUCAACAAGUGCAAUCUCUCCACAGUAUGUGGAGGACGUGUGGAGUCCCAACUACAAGCGAGAGACUACUCUGGACUCCCGUUUGAUAAACCCGUUCCAUGUUGAGGGUUUGAAGGAGUUCAGUGGACCGUACAAUACAAUGGUUGAGGUUCCAUUGAUCAGCCGUGAUAAUCGGAGGCUGAAAGAAGUUGAGGACAUGCUCCAGACUUACAAGUUGAUUUUGUACCGGUUGGAAACCGUUGAUCUGAGGAGAAUGACAAAUGAAGAAAAGCUAGCAUUCUGGGUCAACAUACACAACGCCCUGCUAAUGCAUGCUUAUCUGAAGAAUGGCGUCCCGCAGAACAAUCUGAAGAAGACAUCACUGCUUGUUAAGGCCUUCUGCAAAAUCGCUGGACGCAACAUCAACGUAGCUGUGAUCCAGAGCAUGGUUCUUGGAUGCAACACACAUUGUCCCGGACAGUGGCUACGGACUCUGCUUUACCCAAGGAUCAAAAGCAAAGUGAGCAAAGCGGGGCACGAGUGGCGAGCCUUUGCCGUUGCACAAUCAGAGCCUCUUAUACGCUUUGCUCUUUGUUCAGGGAGCCAUUCUGAUCCCGCGGUGAGGGUGUACACUCCGAAGAGGCUGUUCCACCAGCUGGAGGCCGCCAAGGAGGAGUUCAUCCGGGCGACGGCCGGCGUCUGGAAAGAGCAGAAGCUGCUGCUCCCGAAGCUCGUCGAGGCGUACGCCAAGGAAGUGAAGCUCUCGCCGCAGGGCCUCGUCGACAUGGUCCAGCGCUACCUCCCGGAGAGCAUGAGGAUGGCCGUGCAGAGGUGCCAGCAGCAGGGUGGCAGGUCGUCGAGCAAGGUCGUGGAGUGGGUGCCGUACAACCCGAGCUUCCGUUACCUGCUGGCCCGGGACCUCGCGUUUCAUCACCUCAACUGACUGCCAUCGCUCUUCUCCAGUAGUACCGAUCAUGCGAUGAUGGGCUGAAGUAGUUAGUAGUAGAUGCGUGUAUCAUAGGGUUGUAUGAAGUAGAGAAAGAUGUGCAGGUUUCGUGUGGUAAUAUCGGUUGCGACGUGUGUGUAAAGAGGUGAUUUUGUAGAUGAACAGGAAAUAAGGGAAGAAAUGAAAGAAAACAUGCUAAGAUUUGUGACU